AUGAUCUUUGAAGACGAACUUUCCAAGAUAUCGACAGGACAAUCAUUACCGAGAUCCAAUUCUCUUUUACGCCUAACACCCUUUCUCGAUCCUAGUGGGUUAUUGCGUGUUGGAGGUCGUCUUCAGUCGUCUCAAUUAUCUGAAUCAGCAAAACACCCGCUCAUCCUCCCCAAGAAAUCUGCACUCACCUCUCUAAUUAUUGCUGACGCUCAUCUAAAAACUCUCCAUGGAGGAACUCAAGUUACCGUGACGUUUCUACGAAACGAAUAUUGGAUUAUUGGAGGACGAAGUCCGGUACGUUCCUUCAUUCUUAAAUGCGUACGCUGCUCUCGAUACCGCCAAAACCGAGCACAGCAAAUAAUUGGUCAAUUACCGUUCGAGAGAGUUACACCAUCUCGACCAUUUUUACAUACCGGAGUUGAUUAUGCGGGGCCACUCCUACUCAAGAAUUGGAAAGGAAAAAAUUCCCGAAAAUACAAGGCGUACAUUGCCCUCUUUGUCUGCCAGGCUAUUUCCGCAAUUCAUUUAGAAUUAGUUACAGACUACUCAACUGAAGCCUUCAUUGCAGCUUUUAAGCGCUUCACAGCUCGAAGGGGAAUAUGUGCCACUCUUCGAAGCGACUGCGGUACUAAUUUCAAAGGAGCAGACUCGGAGCUUCAGAAUCUCUUCUCGAAAAAUUUAAAGGAAUUAGGAGAUUUAGCUACGCUGCUAAGUAACGAUGGUACUCAGUGGCUCUUCAAUCCUCCUGCCGCUCCUCAUUUCGGAGAAGCAGUGCUAAACUCUAGGCCCCUCAGUUGUCUUUCUGACGAUCCAGAGGAUCUUCAUGCAUUAACUCCAGGACACUUUCUUACAGGAAGUUCUCUAACCACAAUACCUGAACCGUCAUUGUUAUCAGUUAAAGGCUCUCGCCUUUCGCGGUGGCAACUCACCCGCCAAAUGCUGGAAAGUUUCUGGACACGUUGGUCAAGGGAGUGCUUGCAACGGCACCUUGCCAUUUAUAAGUGGAAUCGAAUCAGUCCUUCCUUACAGGAAGGCUCGCUCGUUCUAAUUACAGAUGAACGAUAUCCUCCCUCUAAGUGGCCCUUAGGCCGAAUUGUUCAAACUCAUCCAGGCAAGGAUGGUCAGUUUUGUGUGGAGAAUCUUCCAUGGACGACGUUCGCGAAAAGACGGUCUGUGACGACACAUGCGACUUGGAUUGAACUUCGAGUGCGAUCAUCCUUCAAGCUGAGUGCGAUCAUCCUGCAAGCUGAGUGUAAUCAUCCUGCAAUCUGA